GCGCUGCCAGUGCCCUGCGAGGCGGCGGAGCGAUGGGGCUCGGGUCCAACUGCACCGUGCGGGUUGAAUGGGUUGCUGCAGUCUCCUUAGCUGCUGGAGCAGCUGCUGUUGGGUAUCUGGCUUACAGAAAAUUUCUUGCUAAAGACAAAUGCUGCAAAGCCAUGGUGAAUCUCCAUAUCCAGAAAGAUAACCCCAAGGUAGUCCAUGCAUUUGAUAUGGAAGAUCUCGGAGACAAGGCUGUGUACUGCCGUUGCUGGAGGUCUAAGAAGUUCCCCCUGUGUGACGGCUCUCACACAAAGCACAACGAUGAAACUGGUGACAAUGUUGGACCUCUGAUCAUCAAGAGGAAGGAGGCAUAGAGUGGGCAAUGGAAGCUACAAAAUGAAUGUCUGACAAAUCUUCUGCUCACUUGUAAUUCAGGAGGAGAAAACACAUUUUGUUGUGUCACUGAAGACUCCCCACUGUAGUGUAUACCUGAGGCUUCAGUAUGUGUAUUUUCUGGUGUCUUGUUUCAAUCACUACGAUGUAUAAUUUACUAAAUAGUCAUGGUUAAUUUUUUGUCCUGUGAAGUAUGUGUACCCUUUCAUUAAGUAUGAAACUAAAAUGACGGAUAGAAUGUACUUCAGCCAGUGUGCAGAAAAUAAUUUAUUAAAUUAUUUUCAAAUACCUGUGUACUACUUUGAGGCAAUUUGAGACAAUUCAGUAGCAAGUGUAUUCAGAAGGUAGCUCUUAAUAUUGAGAGAUUUAAGUCACAGAUGCAGAUAGACUCCUUUUGAAAAGGCAAUGGCAGGAAAAAAUCAUGAUGCCAGAAUGCAACUUAACUUGGGCUUACACUGCAUUUUCUGCAAGUUUCUGUCAGACUGCUGUUCUGUGUGACUCCUGUAAAAGGGGAAAAAAAGUUAACUAGGAGCAGAUAAGAAAAAGGMUUAUGGCAAGAUGGGGCUAAAGGGCAACUUUACCUUGAAUCUUAUAGCAAUGUUGAACCUUGACUUUACUACCUAGCAUAUGAUAUCAAGAAUGCAUUAGCCAAACUGUGGAACUGUAUUUAGAGUAGGAUUAGGAAGAUGGUGUCUGGGAAGAAAAUAAAAGUAUUUUCUUAAUAUGAAAGGGGAAUUAUACAAAGGAGUAGUGGGCAGCAGGUGGCAGGGUGGCUUCUGCUGCUAGAAACUGUUAGUUUCGUUUGCAGUCCCUGGCAGUGGAACCAUCUUGCCUGGAUGAUAAGACACUUCUUAGGGUGGCUAUGCUGUGUUAAUCCAAAAGUAAAACAAAACUAGGAGAACCCACCCAGCAUUACUGUCUGCUUCAUCUUUGCUCUGGCUGGUUCUGGAGGACCCUUCCCUCUGUGUAGGGAAGAGAUGCGCCUUUCUUAUUGAGUGGCCUUAGGCUCUAUGUGUCUUAAAUAGUUCCUGCCUCCCUGGGCUCACUGUUAAUGUAGAUCAGCUAAUUUUAUCUGGAGAGCUACAAUGGACAGGAAGAUGUUUCAGUGAUGGCUAGAAAAAACGGGAAAAGGAAUGAGACAAGAACUUACCCUCUACAUAUAUGGCACUUGUCUGUGUCAUCUAACUGCCAUGCAUACCACAAAUGUGAUGGCUGUAAUAUUGGUUUCCUUAAAUGCCUUUGAUUUAUCAAUGUACAAACAUCUGUGAGGCAAAACCCAAAGACUGGGAUGGCAGAUGGCAAUUUGGUAUUUAACAAGUCUGCUAGCCUAGUUGCACCUUGCAUCAGACUUCUCAGUGUCCAGGGAGAGCCUACCUCAGAGCUAGAGGAAGAGGCCUUUUAAGAAGCUGAAACUUAAAGCUGAAACUCUUGAAGAUUUUUCUAGCCGGGAGGUGGUAUUUUUUUAUUAUUAUUUUUUUUUUACAUUUAGGGUUGGUAUGACUKGUUGAGAUCAAAGGAAGUGUUUUGUGAGCUCUCGUAGAUGUGGGCCAUUCAGAGGCUGGGGAAACUGCUCUGAACUUUGGUAGAAAGCACAGAAAAUAGUGAUAUAAAAGAAGGGGAAAGAUGGUAUAUAGCUGAAAUAUAUGGGGCUCAACUACUGUCUCCUAGAGACCUCAACUAGAAAGGAGUUGCAAUCAGAUAUGUAUAGUUUCUGUCUUUUCUUCCUGUCUUGACUGUAAUGGUACUUGAUUUUUUUAAAUUGGCCAAGUACUGAUAUGUGCGGAAAGUUGUUUUAACUGUAAAUUAUCAAAUAUGUUGGUUUUAUCCAGAACAAGUUACUUCUGUAUUAUUAGACUGACACUGGAUGUUUCUGUAUUUUUGUCAAAUACACUUUUGAGCUCACCUUCA